AAGCGACCUCAGCGCUCGUGUUUGACGGAUUUUUUCGCCCCUUCUCUCCCCCUUAAUUCACAGCGGUGCGAACGCGACAACAGCAGCGACAACAAUGGGUUUCUUUGACAGCUGGGGCGACGGCGCGUCCGUAGUGUCGCGCAAAUCUCAUAAAUCGCAUAAAUCCUCUUCUUCACAUAAACACAAACGAGACAAGUCGAGAUCCCGCUCUCACUCGCGGGAACGUCGUCACAAGCGUCACUCGUCCUCCGGGCUAGGAGCCUUACUUGGCGAUGACAGCAACUACUCCAAACACAACGCCUCGCGGGGCUCCUUUUUCAACUUGGGAAAUAGCAGUUCCCGGAGCUUUUUCAGUAUGGGUGGCCGUUCCCCAUCCUACUACAAGCGCUCGCCGCGCGCCAACUUCAUGACACGCGCCUACAAGAAACUAAAACGUCUGUUACGCGACCUGAUGUACUGGGCGAAGCGACAUCCCGUGAAGGUCUUCAUGCUCGUGAUUAUGCCCCUGAUCACGGGCGGGGCAUUGACGGCCCUCCUCGCGCGCUUCGGGCUAAGACUACCAGCCGGGAUCCAGCGCAUGCUAGGCAUGGCAGCUAAGACAGCAGGCGGUACCGGCAGCAUCGGGUUAAUGGGCGAGGCCGUGCGCAUGGCCACUGGUCUUGGCAACAACUCCAGCAGUGAUCAUGGAUACGACGGGGGUUAUCAUUAUGAGAAACGACGCACCGAGUACACGGAUUAUUCUGGCGGUAAGAGCGGGGGCGGGGGCUUCUUUAGUGGAAUCGGCAAGUUUUUCUCAUAAAUCUCAAAAUAGCUGGUUAUGGCUAUUUGGGCUGGGGGAGAUAUUGUAGCAAUUUUGGAAAAGACGGCGUUUUAGGCUUGGGGUAUAUAGGUACACGUUUACAUCCAUCGUUGUGUGUUAAAAUCGAGUUUCCUACAAUCAUUCAAUGAGAACAGACAAGAAAUU